AUGGCCGAGGUGUCGUCCUCGUCCAAGCGACGUCUAAGCGAUACGGCAUCAGGACCCGUCCAGGAUGAUGAAGAAGUCUUCAUCGUCGAGCGCAUACUCGCAGAGAUAUUGGCCACCUACUGGGAAGAAGAGGCCAAAGGUGAACUUCCCGAUGCAGCGUAUAUUGCUAAGGUCGAGUUUCUUAUGGCAGCGAGAGAGCAGCGCGAGAGAGCAGAGUCAGAAGCUGCCGAGAGUGUCGUCAGCGUCAGCUCCAACAACACUGCUGUUGGCCGAUCACCUAAACGAGUGAAAGUUGACCCGCCUCGGCUGUCUAAGCACAUCGCUCAGCCGCCGCCGCCAAAGAAGAAGCCUCCACUACCGCCAUCAACAAAUCUGUCGAGUGGCACAUCAACUGCUCCGAGACCCAUCCAACCCCUGAAGCCUGUCCGACCGAGAUCGGACUAUAUCGCAUCCUCGACCACUCUCAAAGCCAAACCCAGCGCGACACUCAAGAUAUCAACCUUCAAUGCCUCCAAGCCAAAGCCACAAGGGCCGUCGCUAGCAAAGAAGUCAGUGAGUUUGGCUUCGAAGCCUUCGGCGACAUCCAAGCCCCUACAGCAGAAGAAACCUAGCGAGCCUGGCGUCAUGGACCAUACGAAAAGAUUCCGAAAUCUGCAACAUUGGGGAAAUGCGAAGAAGAAGGCUGCGCAAGAGCCACCCGUUGAUCCUGACGAUCCCAAUCUCAAGAUGGUCGGUGCACGUAGUCCAUUACAGUCUCGCAGCCAGUCCCCCGACAGUCAGGCAAUGUUCUACCCUGAACAAGAGGUUGUGGCUUUCCCCAUCGGCGCCGACGCCAAAGACAGUCCUGCAGACAUGGCGCCGCCCGAGCAUUCUGAGCUACCUACGUUCACACGCACUCUACUCACAAAGCCAAAGCUCAAUGGUCUGAAUCAGUGCGACGAGACAGCUAGACGACCACUAGAUCGCAUUGCAGAGGCGGUCCCAACGCCCUUCCAAUCUGCAGACGUUGACCCUGACAAACUGAGCAAGGACCGUAAUUCUGUACGUGAGUCGCCACAGGCCACGGCCGCCAGCCCUCAAGCAAAUCGUCAGACCGGAGCUCUUGAAAACGACUCGCGCCACAGCCCCCAGAUACACGGCGAUCGGUCGUUGCUGAUGGCUACACAGCCCAAGCAACCACAGGCUGUUACUGCUCAGGCGCCGACACAUCACGCGCCUGCUCAGGAAGCAAUACCAACAAUGCGGGGCAAGAAUGGUCGCUCUUGGGCGGCAGACGAAGUGGUCGUGCACUUAUCGUUGGGUGAUUACAAUAUCGGUCCCGUCAAGCUAGCAGGUUAUCCGACCAUCGUGCGGGCUGCACUGAUCAACUACAAGCGCAACCACGAUGCCUCCGUAGUCGAGGUGCACUUCGCUCAGGGUGACGUCUUAAAUCCAAUCGAAUAUCAGACGCGAGCACUGGAUUUUAUCCACUCCAAUCACCAUACCGCGGGAGUUAUUCCAUUUGAUGAUACAGCCAAGGUUUGCGAGGAGCUUGCCCACGGCUAUCUCAUUCCGCACGAUCUAUCUGCGGUGUGGAUACUGAACAGCACGACUCCCCUGGCAUUUGUACUUCAUUCGCCAGAUCAUCCUCAUGGCUGGCAAGGAAUGGAUAUCGACAGCCCGACCCUUCGCUGA